AACAGGUCAGGGUGAAAAGGUUCAGCCUCCCAUUUUUUUCAGGAGCUUAUCCAUCCUAUUUAUGCUCCAGAUUUCAUUUUGAGCUUUGUUUCAAAGCAAGAAGAAACCAUGGGUCUAAUAACAGCAGUUGCACUCUCUACGAUUGGCGCAAGUGGAGCAGUGGUGGCUGCCCCAGUCGUUCUAGGAGCCAUCGGGUUCACCUCUGUUGGCAUUGCUGCAGGAUCCUACGCUGCAAGCUGGAUGUCUGCAACAGCCAUCGCCAGCGGAGGAGGAGUGGCAGCUGGAAGCUUGCUGUCUGUUCUAACGUCAGCAGGAAUGGCUGGUCUGUCCACAGCUUCCACAGCAGCUGUGGCUGGAGCCGGUGGAACCGUGGGAGCUGUUGUUGGCCUUGUUGUGUGAUGCACAAAACACCCAGAAAUUACACAGAAGAAAAAAGUUUAACUUUUUGCAACUCACAUCCAUCUUAAUCCAUGUUAUGUUACUAAAUCAAUUACAGUAAAUUAAAGCAUUUGGAUUGGUUUACCGCC